ACAAGUUUACUAGAAGGAAAUGAGCCAUUAAAGAUAACGUACUCCGUGGUAGUUAGCACGCCCAACAGACGUGAUUGGCUAAUGAAGAUGGCAUCCUUUGACAUCAGUUGGGUAGACUCCCUUGACUUCUGCAAAGUGGAUCAUGCAUCAUGGGAUUCAAGUAAGUUGUCAAAGUUUAGAUAAUAAACAUGAAAACUUUUCCCUUUUCAGGUCAUUGCUUUAAAAAAAAACAACUAAUUUUAAAAAAAAUAUAUAAAAAAAUUAAUGCUAAUUUCUGUCUGGAGAAGAUGCGUCCUUUGAUUGCAGUGGCCUGGUUUAAACUCUACACUAAUACAAUGUACUUUUUCAUGCAUUACAGUUAAAUUAGAUUUUUUUCCCACUUAAUUGAAUAACAAAGGAAAAAAUUGAUUGAACGCAGUUUUAACCAUAACAGGGCACAACAUUAAGAUAAGCACGUGUGAAAACGGAUGAAAAAUAACUUAUUUUUUUUUGUUUUGUUUCUUUAACCAAAAACAAAAGAACUUAUCAGCUGGAAAUAAACUUAGAAAGAUGAUUUUGUUAAUUUCAAGACCAAUUUGAUUUCAUCCAGGCGUUCCGGGUGCGAUACUAUCAGAAAACUGUCCCUACGGUGAAGAUGUUAAGAAUGGUUUUAUCAGACGUGGGGCCACUGCCACGUGCGAGUGUGACAUUCAGGCGCUGACGCUCUUAACUGGGCAGCUGUAUUGGUUCGGGAAUGAGGGCCAGCCAGUAGAGACCAACGAGAAUGGUGACGUCCUCAACGUGUCCUAUAACUCCACACAGGGUAUGCUCAAACUAGAUACGUUAUCGGACUCUAACCUUUGACUUGAGCCAUACUUUAUUCCUCAGCUAGACCUAAUUUUUUUGUAACUUUAUGUUAUUGUUUCAAACUAUACCCAAGUUUGGCAGUGUUGUUUAAAAUUUAAACCAUCCAUCAUCAUGCAUUAAACCCUAUAUAUUUACAAUAAAGUAUGGAUUAAGUUGCUUUUUUUUUUCAAAAGCGGUUGUAUUUCUAAAGUCGUAAAAUAUAUUAAACACACAUUAACACAUUAACACAUUAACACCAACACAUAACAAAAACAAAACCCUUCGCCAUCACACCCCCCCCCCUUUGGUGACAUCAUUAAAUCAUGCAGGAUGAAUACGAAAAAGAAAUAUUUCAAUGCUCAGAGUGACCGAGAACUCGCUAACCUGUUUAAUGAAUUCUCCUGUUAAAUGAAUUCCCCUUUUUAAUGACUUCUCCUGUUUAAUGACUUCUGUUCCAUGUGAUAGUGUCAUGAAACAAGUGUAAUCCAAAAUAAACUAAUAUAUUUGCCAAGGAAAACGCAGACAUGCAUUAAAUGGGCCCCUAAAAUUUUUGUGUGUGAGGACUUCAGAUUGAAAACUCUUAUUUUUGUAUGCUUAUAAAACUGUGUAGCAUCCUUAAACGAUCGACUUAGCAAAACAGUAUUGUCGCUAGUUUGAUUCCUCAAAUGCCAAAAAUGUAUGACAUUAGACACACAAAGUUGCCUGAAGUAAACCAGACGUUGUUUUUACACACAUGGGAUAUGCAUACGCUAUUUGAGACAUUGUUCGUACACACAUAGAUACAUACACUAUUUGAGACAUUGUUCGUACACAGAGCAAUGCAUACACUAUUUGAGAAAUUUUUCGUACACACAUAGACACAUACACUAUUUGAGACAUUGUUCAAACACAGAGAAAUGCAUACACUAUUUGAGGAAUUGUUUGUACACACAUAAAUUCAGACACUGUUUGAGACAUUGUUUGUACACACAUAAAUGCAUACACUAUUUGAGGCAUUUUUUGUACACAUAAAUGCAUACACUAUUUUAGACAUUAUUGAACACACAUAGACGCAUGCAGUAUUUGAGACCUUGUUUGUGAGGAGAAAAAUACCUUCAAAGUAUUGUAAGGAACCUUGCUUACUCUCUGACAAACUUCAUCUAGAUCUGGUACUCAAUAAGUAAACAACUCCGGUGAUACAUUGGAUCAUUAAACUCGUGUUCUUUAUUUGAUCUAUCACUUGCUUACUCUUUCACUCAUCUCACAGCUCCGACUUCUCCGAAUUCUCCCUGCUCUCUAGAUCCCCGUCCGUCCGCCUUUUCCCCUAUUUAUACCACCCCGUCCCAUAGUUCCUCUCCCAGUCCAGAUUAUACCCCGCCCCCUUUUUCUCAAUUGUCGGUCUAGACGUCCCAGGUAAAUGCCCUGGUCAGAUGGAUGGUCGUGUCUGGGUGUCAGACGGCCGUAAUUGGUCAGGCGUUUGAUCCUUGGGUCCGUCGUGCUCCACAAGCUUGAUCCUUCGAUCAGACGGAUUACGUCAGGCGCCGUCGUGGGUCCGACUCUCCACAAGCUUGGGUGGUCACAAACAUCCUUGGAUCCGUCGUGCUCCACAAGCUUGAUCCUCCGGUCAGACGGAUUACGUCAGGCGCCGUCGUGGUCCGGCGCUCGUGCGUGGUCCGAUCGUGCUCCACAAGCUUGAUCCUCCGGUCAGACGGAUUACGUCAGGCGCCGUCGUGGUCCGGCGCUCGUGCGUGGUCCGACUCUCCACAGUAUCUAUACAACUUUGAGACUAUCAGUCUAACUAUUGGCAAUGUGAAAUGUUUCAGUAAAAAAUAUAUUUAAAAAAAUUCCUUUAAAAAAAUGGACUUGUUUUAAAAGAGUUGCUACGUCUUUCAGGUUCUCAAGCAACGUUCUCGUGUGCUUUUGUGGCGGGCUUGGUGCAGAUGGGCGAAAAAGCAGUGUUUGCAACUAAAUUUUACAGUAAGUUGGAGAGGCUCAUGGGAGAAUAGUUUUCCUUUUUUUUUGGGCGUGUGUGUCACGUGUUAUCAGACUGACUUUGUAUACUAUAGAUAUAAAUACCUUUAUUUUUGUAUUUAUUAUGGAAUAGUCGAGACCGGGGCGGGGGAGGGGUGGGAUGCUACUCUGAGGGCCAUCCGGGAUAUUUGGAUCAUUAGACAAUUUACGGGCCACGUGAAAAUGUGCGCCUAAGUUAUAAAACUAACUCCUAAAGACGAAGUACAGAUUUAAUAUAUAUAUAUAUAUAUAUAUUGCACACAAUUCGAUACACAAACACGGAUUUACAUUUGAUAGAUUAAUUUAAAUGAUACUUUACAAGGAAAACCUAUGGUUCAUUAAUUUCAAAUUUCGUUUAUAAUAAAAAAUGAAAAGAGAGAAACUGAAAAGAAAUUGUUAAUACACCAGGCACCCUGAGUCCCGCCGGGAAACUGAUCGCGGUUUGGCCAUCCCUUGUCUAGGAGGUCAAGUUUGCCGAAAAUAUGUAAUGUCUGGGGGGGGGGGGGAAGGAAGGGUGGGAAGUCAUUCCUUUACUACAUCUCAUUUCAAAUAACAAAAAAAUAAUAUCAACCGGCUUCUGUGUAAAGAAAAUAGGGGAUGAAGAAUGCAAUGAAAAAAAAACAAUAAUUCCGAUCUAUAUUUGACACUCAGUUCAAACACUGAAGGAUUGUUUUGUCCUCAUUGAUCCUGAAAAGUUUUGGUAGACAGAGACGGACCGAAUCUGAUUGUCUGAUUUCGACCCAAACCGAAACAAAAAACGAGAACGUUGAAAUGACUUUCGGUCGAAAGCUAAGACGAAACCAAAAGCUUCUUCUUCUUCUUCUUCUAUAUCUUAAGGGCCCACGAUCAAUUUAUUGAUCAUUUUGGCUCCUAUGCAUGUAGAUGGGAUUUGCAAUGUUUCUGUUCCUGGUGUUGAUGAGGAAAUUUCACAGAUUUCCAGUGCCACUUUGUGAGGGAAUCAUGCACUGGGGGUUUGAAGGCUUGAGGCAAUAGACACAAAUGUGUCUAGUGUUGUCGCCUCAACCGUUCCUUUUGAAAGAUUGUUCCAGUCCCUGAUUGUCUUGGGCUUAACGAGACUUUCGCUAAAAGCCGAAAGAUUUAGCUAUUUCGGAACUCGUUCGCGCAUACGUUCUGAGUAGGUCGAAAAAUGAAAGAGAAAAUAAUCGAUAUUUAUAUUCUAUUUUUUAAAAAUAAAAAAUAUGAUGAUCGUAAAUUUUAAUAAAUAAUCAUCAAAAGAAUACUUUGGUUUUUACCUUUUGAAAUAAUAAUAAUUUAAAUGUGUUUAAAAUGUUUUUUAAAGUAGUAUGGUGAGAGCGAAUUUUGACUUAAUUGGGGGGAGGGGGGGGGGCGGGCACCUUCAUGUAAAAUAGACCUUGGAUGCCCUUUGUUUUUAUAAUAUAAUUAUAACACCGCCUAGACAGAAUAUACGGUAUCGAUCGCAAGCUUAGCCCAUGCAUUUUUUUGUUAUUUGUAUGGUCCACUAAAAUGACAAGACACAGUCUUGAAGGAAGUAUUCAAAUGUAUGUAGGCUUAUGGUGUAAAUUAAAGGUUAUUAUAUGCCUAAUUAUACAAAAUUGAAGUUAAUUAAAAAAUAUAGUUUUUAAAGUACUAACGGUUUCAUCAUUCUCUUUCUGCACAUUAGUGUCAAAACACAUGACUAAAUGUGUACAGCAUUUAUAUUGCGUCAGUGACAGUGUUUAUCUUCGAUGAUGAAGGAUUUCAAAAAAAUGAAUGAAUUAAAUUAGCCUAAGUUUUCCUAAUUUUAUUAUUUAUAUUUUUAAAAAUUAAAAAUAAUAAUAAUAAUUGAACCACCCCUGAGGAUUUUAUUUUCAAAAAAUACUCUGCCUUGGACAACAUUGAUGAGCAGGAUAAUGCUAAAUCAAAAUGAAUGCCACGAGUGAAUGAAUGGAGUAAUCCUACGGUUCCUAAAUUUUAUUGUUGAACAAAAAUCAAACAAAAAAUAAGUAUGUAGUCUAAAAUGUUACCAUUCCACCCAGGGUUUUCUUUCCACAAAACUAUUUACCUUAGCCUUAGCCUAACUGAAAUUUUAUUUUUGGAAAUAUUGGACACGUAGGUCAAGAUGAAGCUGUGAGCAGUGUUUGCAGUGGGUUAGUCAUAAUACAUCAAACGAUGACAGCAUGAAAUCACGCGGUAACAGAGGCGAAGCGAGGGUGUUUGGCGCCCGGGGACAAGAUUCGCGCCCGGGGACAAGAUCCAUUUUAAAGCGCCCCCUUUUCUUUUUUUUCAACUCUCAAACCCAUUAUUUUUACCAAUAAUAUAAUAUCAAAGCACAUUUUGGCGCCCCUAACUAGCUUGCGCCCGGGGACAUCCCCCCCCCCCCCGCCAUCCCCCUCGCUACGCCUCUGCGCGGUAAUGAAUAUCGGAUUGCCGGCCGAUGCACAGAGUGACAUUCUAACGACUUGUAGACGACCGAAAGCCUCAAUCCUUUUCGACCGGACCGAAAAUAACCCGAAAGUUAACUUUCCUGUUUGGGCCGAAACUGUGCACCUUUUGCCGUCGAAACCGAAAUUUGUUCGGCGUCAAGACUGAGAGAUUAUAUGAAAGCUUAUUUACAUCCUUUAAAACUAACUCUUUUGGCCGUCAGCAAAACAAUUGACUGUCUGGGUCGGUUGAGUGGCCACCGGCUCUGCCAUUUGGUCCCAACUGUUGUCCACGUUGUGCCUGGGGAGUCACUCUAUUAUAAUACAAAUCUGAACAAUUUAAAAAGUCCAAAUCAAGCUAUAAAUAUUUCAAAAUAUAAUUAUAAUAAGUUUCUAUCACGUACGAUAAAAUAAAUAUAGAUAUAUAAAUAUAUUAUUUUUCUUAUACAAUAGGUGAGCCACAAGUCGUUAAUUUCACAGUAAACGGAUCAAGGUCAGUAACUGUCAAGGUCAACAAUUCUGUGACAUUCUACUGUCAAGUUGAAGCUGAGCCUCCAGCUAAAGCGGUUCUUACAGGAAGUGGUCUAGGCAAGGUUCAAGAGCUCACGUCUGCUAGUGAUGUAUUUCAGUUAACUCUCCAUGAUCUGGAAUGUGAGGACUCGGGCAGAUACUUCUGUAGUGGAAGGAAUGGAUUUGAGGACAACGCUACGUCGUCCAGGGACUACGUGGACGUGAAUAUCAUAUGCAAGUUACUGAAAUGAAAUGUUUUUUAGUGCUUCUAUUGCUAUACUUAAAACAGUUUUAUUUUUAAACCAUCUGAGUCAAGUGGCGUAACAUGGCGGGCCUGGGUUCCUACUCCAGUGUCUAGGACUACCUUGGGGGUUCAUGGCCUCUACAUAGCAGGUUCACGAUUUCUCUCCAAAGCCGCAACUUCAUUCGCUUCUGGUAGUGACACUUUGGGUAAACUGUAUGACUUCGGUUUAAACCCUACAAAUGUAUUUAAAUUAAUUAUCUAUAAUAAUAAUUCCAGAGUUGAUUGUGUCCGUCCCGCGCUCAUUGCGCACCGUGCUACGCUUUCAUUUCCUGCGCCGCUCGACGUACGCACCGAAUGCACACAAAAUACCGCAUUUCUACGUCACUGAGUUUCAAAAAUUGAGGUCUUGGCAACGAGGAUAAAUCCAGAACCGUGAAAAUAAUUGAUAAGACAGUUUGUGCUGAAGUACCAGGUAAGGACACCGGUGCGUGGCUUUUAGAAAAAAAGGGUCAAAGGGUCAUGGUGCAUGAUCCAUGUGCUAAAAAAAACAUCUCGAAUUUCGUUCAUCUGGAAUUAUUUCUAUAAAUUAUGCACAUCUCCCCGUAGCUUUCACGAGCAACAUGUUUGUGUUGCCAGAUCCAGUUUAUAUUUUUCAACUAUUACACGAGUAGAUGCUAAAGCUCCGUCAUCCUGGCUAGUCCAAAACAAAGUGCCCUCCAACUGCUGCAAGCAUGUUGCGUCCUGUCUGCUGCAAGCAUGAUGCGUCCUGUCUGCUGCAAGCAUGAUGCGCCUUGUCUGCUGCAAGCAUGAUGCGUCCUGUUUGCUGCAAGCAUGAUGCGCCCUGUCUGUUGCAAGCAUGAUGCGUCCUGUCUGCUGCAAGCAUGAUGCGCCCUGUCUGCUGCAAGCAUGAUGUGUCCUGUCUGCUGCAAGCAUGAUGUGUCCUGUCUUCUGCAAGCAUGACGCGUCUUGUCUGCUGCAAGCAUGAUGCGUCCUAUGUUUGUUGCAGGCACGGUGCCCUCUGUCUACUCCAAGUAUAAAAGGUAUAACAUGGGGAUCAAUGAUAUGAAUAACAGGUGGAUCAAUGAUAGCUUUAACAGAUUGAUCAAUGAUAGGUGAAGCAUAUGUAUCAUUGAUGAGGUGUAACAGAUGGAACAAUGAUAGGUAAAACACAAUGGAGCAAUGAUAGGUAAAAGAGAUGGAGCAAUGAUAGGUAAUAUAGAUGGAGCAAUGAUAGCUUUAACAGAUGGAUAAUUGAUAGGUGUAGCAUAUGUAUCACUGAUAGGUGUAACAGAGCGAACAAUGAUAGGUGAAACAGAUGGAGCAAUGAGAGGUAAAAAAGAUGGAGCAAUGAUAGGCAAAACAGAUGGAGCAAUGAUAGGUAAAAUAGAUGGAGCAAAGAUAGGAAUAACAGAUGGAGCAAUGAGGUGUAUAACAUAUGGAGCGAAGAUAGGUAUACCAGCUGGAUGAAUGAUGGGUAAAAAAGAUGGAGCAAUUAUAAAAGUAACAGAUGGAACAAUUGAUAGUUAUCACAGAUAAAGCAAUGAUAUGUAUAAUAGGUGGAUCAAUUAUAGGAAUUUCUUUCUUUUUAAUAUGACACGUAUUUUUCAAAACUGACCCUGGCUUUGUCCGUGGCUUUCCUUCUCACCCAGAUCGAGCAGCUAGGACACCUCGUGUCCCCAUACAGCGAUCAAGCGCUGGGUGUACGCAUUGAACAGGACAUAUUCUCCAGUGGUGGUUCAUCACCCAGGCGUGUCGUACAGGCUUGAUUCACUGUUUUCCCCAUACCCCGGCACCAACUGUCACCGGGCACACCAUAUUUCACCGAUGGUUUAGGCCAUUUUUUUAUACUAGACAUAGGAUUGUCACGUCUGGGUGAGCUGUGUCUGUGGGAGGACUUUGAUUAUCUUGGAGAUAGAGUCUACCAUAACCUUGCAGCCAAAGGAUUGUGAUAUGUUCGAUAUCACUAGACGUAUACAUCCAUAGAGGAAGACAACUUCUGAGUCAAUGACAAGAGAUAGUAUUGAAAUGAGGAGAGAGAGCAAGAGCUGGGUUAGUGUAACGUGAUAUGUGUUACACUUUGCUCUUAGAGGGAAUGAGAGUAGGAGCUGGAUUAGUAUAACAUGAUAUGUGUUACAAUUUUCUCUUAGAGGGAAUGAGAGUAGGAGCUGGAUUAGUAUAACAUGAUAGGUGUUACACUUAGCUCUUAGCGGGGGGAGUUAGGGCUGGGCUAUUGUAACCUAAUACAUUUUACACGUUGCUCUUAGAUGGAAUACCAGACUCCUCCAAAGUGUCCCGUUAUAUCCGCUGGGCGUUCCAUCGCAACUUAUGGGGCUCUGUUGAAAACAGGGAGGGCCAGUACAAGACGAGCAGAGUAGUUCCAUGAAAUCACUCAUUAAGCCACUUUGGUAGAAGAGACCAUAUUUCAGGCGUGUAGCGAAACAUUGGGAUUCUGAAAUGUGCGUUACUUGAGUUCAUGUUUUGUCAGGUGACUUUAGUGCAUGGUUGGAAGUCCACGCAUUGCUUGCUGCCACCAAUGUUUGGCGCGCUAUAUCUAGCUAUUAUUAUUAUAAAAGCAUGUUCAGGCUCUCCUGGGCCGUUAUGGAUCGCAAACCCAUGGUGUAACUAAUGCACUUGCCCACUUGACGCCACGCUACUGCCUUGCACACAAACAGGUCUUAAAGUUUAUUCUUAACAAGGUGCAUAUGACCAAUACACUCUCGCGAGAUUAAUGUUUCAAAUAUAUGUCAUUGUAGAUAAAGAUUUUUUACAAUUAAUUUUGACGCUAAUGUCUUCGUGAAAUGAGCACGUUAUAUUCAGUAUAGGGAGUGGCGUAGCUAGGGUUAUCGCCGCCCAUGGCGAGCCAACAAUUUUGCCCCCUUCAUUCCACGAAAAAAAAAUACUGUUUGGCGGACAUGCCACACUCCACAAAGAGAAAAAUACCACCCCCACCCCAAUCCUGUAAGGUAUAAUAUGUCAUUUACCUUGAAUUCCGUAAGGUCUUUUAAAAUUUCUACAAAGAAUAUUAAAUUUGAUGGCAACUCAUUCAUGACCUCGAAAUUAUUUUAACUUUGCAUUUUAAAUUACACCUAUUUAUUGAUGAAACAAUAUUAAUUUUUUACCUCAAAAAUGUUAAAAAGUUAUUUCUAUCAAUAUAGGUCGCCAGAAUCCUCGGUUCUCGUCUGACGCAUUUAAAACUUUGCAUUUCUUCACCAAUGAAAACACACUGUUCACCAUUGAGAUUUACGGCUUCCCGGCACCACAAAGUUUUUAUCUAAAAAUAGAAACUAGGGACUCCACGCACGACGUAGAACAAGAUAACUAUUCGAUUACCUACCUCCACUUGACUCCACCAUUCGGCUUAGUCAAUGUGUCUAUCUAUGACGCCAAUACCAAGGGUACUACAACCUACAUCCUGGGUAUCGUGAAUGAAGCUGGAGAAUUUCAAGUCAAAAUACAAGUUAUCAAAGAGGAGAAAUCCAUAACAACGAGAAUAUUCGAAAGUAAGUCUAACAAUGCUUUGUGACAUUCAUUUUAUCGUGUUCGACAAAUAUCUUUUUAAGUGGCAUGUGAUCGUAAAAAAUAGCAGCAUUCGAGGACAUUUUCCAAACUACGAGACAAUAUUACAAGCCAUUUCAUGGUAAGUUGUUUCUUUCCCUCAAUUUUUGGGGAAAACGUUCUUGUAAAACUGUUUAAAACCAUUCCAUAUUUCAACUUCCAGAACAGCCAGACGUAGAUGUAGCCAUAGGUGUUGGUGCUGGUGGUGGCGCUGCUCUCCUUGUUAUUGUUACCCUCGUCGUUAUCUGCCUGGUGAAACGGAAACGUGACGGGAAGAGGUCAAGGACGAAACUGAGGGAGGAUGCUGACACCCAACUGACCCCAAAUCAUCAGGACGGCUACAUAACUCCCCUUGAUGGUACCUUCCUUUAACAGCAACCUGUAGAAAUAGAAAGAAUAAUGAGUUCCUAAUGUGGUGAAGUGUUUGAAGUCUUUUGGAUAAAAAUUUAGAUAGACUAGUGAUUCUAUUCUUAAAAUAGCCUGUAAAAUUAGUUUUCAAAAACUCAACAACAAAAAAACCCUCACAUUUUCAACAGUUUGAAUAUCUUUAAACCUUUAAACACCAGAAGCAAUGAACACGUUGAUUUAAUUCUAGAUAUAAACUUUGAAGAUCACGCACUGCGGGAUGAAUCAUUUUGUUUGUCUCAAAUACUUUCAUAUUUCUAUUUUCCCCAGUGAAUAUAAUAGCCGGACCGAAGAACACCGACUUUCUCCAAGAAUGUGUCAGGGACCAGCGAGGUCAUGGCCAUCCAACUACGAACGUCGGACCGACUUCCGCGAAGAACCCCAAGCCACACGCGCCACAGAAACGAGCACCCACGAUUCCUUCAUUCUAAACCUGACGUCAUUCAAGAACUGUCACUGCAAACGAUUUUUUUUUUUUUUUUUU